GCUGGGGAGGAAAGGAGUGGUGGUGGCGGCGGCCGCUGGCUUGUCCCAGGGCGCUGAGGGAGUUGCGCGGCCUCGGAGAGGAGUUCGCCGUCAGGAGCGGGGGGAAACAACAACGGCACGGGCCCCGCGGUGUUACAUAAAUGCCUGAAACUCCCCCUCUCGUGACUGGCGCCGAGGCCCGGGCGGCGGCCGCUCGCCGUGGGGCGGCGGGACGGGACGGGGCGGAGGGCGCUUCCUUCCCCGGCGGGCCCCGCCGGGCUGCCCCGGAGGCUGCGCCCGCCGCGGGGAAAGCGCCUAGCCUCCCCCCCCUUUAAACUCUUCGUCCUUCUCGGAGCGAGUCGCCUGAAAAGUCUUGAUGUAAAAAAAAAAAAAACCCACAAAAACCAGGAGCGGAACGGCGAGUGGCGCGGCUGCGACCGUAAGGAUACUUGUGAAAGAUGGUGGAUCGCUUGGCAAACAGCGAGGCAAAUACUAGAAGAAUAAGUAUAGUGGAAAACUGCUUUGGAGCAGCUGGUCAACCUCUGACUAUUCCUGGUCGUGUUCUGAUUGGAGAGGGAGUGCUAACAAAGCUGUGUAGGAAGAAGCCCAAAGCGAGGCAGUUCUUCCUGUUCAAUGACAUUCUUGUUUAUGGUAACAUUGUCAUCCAGAAGAAGAAAUACAAUAAACAGCACAUAAUCCCGCUGGAAAACGUCACUAUUGAUUCCAUCCAGGAUGAGGGAGACUUAAGGAACGGGUGGCUUAUCAAGACACCAACAAAGUCCUUUGCAGUUUAUGCUGCCACUGCUACAGAGAAGUCUGAGUGGAUGAACCACAUAAAUAAGUGUGUUUCCGAUUUGCUUUCCAAAAGUGGGAAGACUCCUAGCAAUGAACAUGCAGCUGUCUGGGUACCAGACUCGGAAGCCACUGUGUGCAUGCGCUGUCAGAAAGCAAAAUUCACGCCCGUCAACCGCCGCCACCACUGUCGCAAGUGCGGCUUUGUUGUGUGCGGGCCUUGCUCUGAAAAGAGGUUUCUUCUCCCGAGCCAGUCUUCCAAGCCUGUCCGAAUUUGCGACUUCUGCUAUGAUCUUCUUUCUAGCGGGGAGAUGGCUGCUUGUCAGUCCACUAGAUCAGACUCCUACAGCCAGUCACCUAAAUCAUCUUUAAAUGAUGUAUCUGAUGAUGAUGACGAUGAAGACAGUAGUGAUUAAGGACCAAACGUUUUCCUGUGUGUUGCAAUUUAUGUUUCAAACCAUAUGGAGCUGCUUUUGGGGAAGUCUAUAGUGAGGUUCCUCAGAAAAAUCCUGUUCUAGCCAUAAAAUAUGCCUGAAUAUCUUCAAUUGCAAUGUGCCUCAAUCUUUGAAUUCUCUAGACAAUAGGUUUUUCACUCCUCUGCAGGGAUAGACUGUUGCAAAUGUUGUUAGAACCAACUUCUUAUACUUGAGUUGUGUCUAGGUUAGACUUUUGUGGAAUAUUGGAGAAUAAAAUCUACUUUCUUAAUUUAACAACCCAUACUCCCUAAUGUGUAAUAUUGAUAUGUUGGGUGGGUUUUUUUCAGAUAUGGGGAGGAAAACUGUAAGCAUGCAUGGAACAGUGAUGUUUUGGUUAAUCCCUUAGACCAUCUUGGUUUUUUUAACCAUGGUAUAUAGUAAGUUGAAAUGUGACAUAACGUGCAAACUUAAAUGUCACAAAACUUGGAAAUUGUCUUGUUUUGCUCUUAUUUAUGACUUCCUAUGCCAAGCAGUGCCUUGUACCAAUUGUGCUGAUUCAGGAAGAAACAAACCUGUUCUAUGUUGUCUGUAUUUGCCUGAUGCUGGUAUCUGAGAGAUUGUUGGUGCUAUUGAAAAUAACUGCUGUGUUCAAAGUGGAGCUUUGACAAGGUCGUAACUGUACUCCGUGGUGGGUGACAGAGACCCGAGUCACACGUCCUCGCCUGUGCAGGCAGACCUGAAGACUCUGCAGAUUCCCACAGGCUUCAGCGGGGUUCUCCUUGCAGGAGUCGCAUUGUGGGUCAGGGUCUUGAGAUGAGAAGCUCAGGGUGACCCUUCGCGGGGAUUUAUACAUUUUUCUUUUCAGAAUGGUUUUGAAGUUUCAAAUUUGGCAGAUGCAUACUGAAAUUUUAGGUGGGUGAUUUAGAUAGCAUUUGGAUGUGAUAGCCUGUAUAUUUUUGGAAAUAAGUCCCAAAAAUGACACUAAAUUUGCUUCUUAAAACAUUGGUGAGAGUUGGGUUUGGUUUUUUUGCCCCCAGGAGUGUUAUUGGCUUGUUUAAAAAGAACCUCGUAUUUUGAACAAUAAGCCUGCGAGUCUCCUUAUAAAAUUGGCUUUCCUUUUUACACAGCUGACCUCAGGAUAAAUGUGAGAUGCAAGUUAUUUCAUUCUAAAUGUAUACCAAGGACCAAGAGAAAUGUAUUUAAGAACUAUAAUGAAAUCGUCAGUGCAGAAAAUGUCUCUACCAUAGUAUUCAUUUUUACUUUUAAUAAGUUCUUGAAUACAGAAAUGUCAUGUUCCUAUAUAAAUGUAAACGUUAGACCUGCAAAGACCUGUUAAACCCCCAGAUGCUAUGUUUCUAUAUUUUUAUAAUAGUAGCGUCAAUUUUGAAGCAGAAAAACCUCUUUGAAAUAGUUGUAUGAAUAUAGUAGCAACUGACUUUAUAGAAAAAAAUGUUAAACUUUUGUAUCUCUUUAAGUGACAAUUUCUGCACUGUUUGCCUUGGUUGGCAAUAAUUGGGUUAAAUAUUUAUUGAAUAAACAAUCAAUGCUGCAUAUUGCACUAGUCUCCCAUUCUGUAUGCUGUAAAUGUCAGUCAUAAUUUCUUUUAUAAAAAUUAACAGAGCACUUCAAAGCUGUAGCCCUCUGUGAGAUUUCUGGUAGCUAAAGAUGCACUUAGCGUCUUUAGGGAGGCACUCUGCAUUAACAGUCUGCCAUACAUUGCUUCAGGUGGAAAUUGCAUUAAUAUUUCUGGCUUGGGAAAUUUCUGAAAAUAAGGGUGUUUUCUUUAAAGCACUGAAGAGUAUUUGACCUACUUUGAAAUAAACAUAAAAAGGGGAAAAUGCUUUCUGAUAGAGACUAGGAACCAGGGAGAUUCUGUAAAACUGCCAGAUAAGCAACGAACAAUAGCGUGUACUCAGAGACUAGCUGAAAUGAGUAGUUAUGUAUACGUAUUCCCUGAAAGAUGAGGAAAUGAUGACCUGCAGCAGGUGAAAACGGGCUAUUCUGGGAAGGCACUUUCAGUUAAUAGUGCUUACUUUUUGUACCUCUCUUACUCAAUAUUCAGGAAUGGAGACUUGUCAACUUCAGUUUUUCUGCAGAAUCAAAGUACAAACCUCCCUGGUACACACCUUCUGAUGACUAACAAGCAUUUUCUUCCUGAUGCAAUUGCUUCCUUUUUCUUAAGCUGUCAAAUAUUAACGUAUCUUGUUAAAGAGUCCGUCUCCUUGUGUGUUUUUCCUGGUGUUUCUAUACGUUGUGCUUGCUUUUCAGCACUUUUUAGGGGCUGAGAAAAGGGUUGCUAAAAGUUAGAUCCCAUCCUAUAUUUUGCAGAAUGUUCUUGUACCUGUUUCAAAUUUAUCUUUAUCUGUGAAUGAAACUUGCUGCUGGGACUGUGCUGCACUGGUCCCUGAAGCUGUAACCAAACCAAUGCGCGUCUGUGGGAUUUUUAAUCUGAAAUGGAUGUAUAUGGUCCAAGCUUUUUGAGAAAGCAUUAAGGAAAAAACAGAAGCGUUUUAUGGUAACACUCUUAUCCUGCAGUGUUAUUUGUUCAAAACUUUACAAAGUGGACUUAAUAUCGACUUCUCUUGUACUUACAAAUUCCUGAAAGGGCUUGUUUCGUACUUUGUAAUCUUGUUCUGUCAAAUUAUUUUAUUUACAAAUAUACUGUGUAGCUUCAA